GGCUCCGCGAUACACAGCCAUGGCGUAUUCCACGGUGCAGAGAGUGGCGCUGGCCUCGGGUCUCGUCCUAGCCGUUUCGCUGCUGCUGCCCAAGGCCUUCUUGUCCCGCGGGAAGCGCCCGGAGCCGCCGGCGGACCCCGAAGGAAAAUUGGGCCGAUUUCCACCUAUGAUGCAUCACCACUCAGCGCCCUCAGAUGGUCAGAUGCCUGGAGCUCGUUUCCAGAGGCCCCACCUUGCAGAAGCCUUCGCAAAGGCCAAAGGAGCAGGUGGAGGUGCUGGAGGAGGGGGUAGUGGAAGAGGACUGAUGGGCCAGAUCAUUCCAAUCUAUGGCUUUGGAAUUUUUUUGUACAUACUGUACAUUCUGUUUAAGCUUUCAAAGGGGAAAACUGCGGAAAAUCGGAACUGCUCCACUGCCCCACCUGGGAACGCCCAUAGAAAGAUCACCAAUUAUGAGCUUGUUCAACUGCAAGAAAAACUAAAAGAGACGGAAGAAGCCAUGGAAAAAUUAAUCAAUAGAGUGGGACCUAAUGGUGAGAGCAGAGCACAGACUGUGACAUCUGACCAAGAGAAACGAUUACUGCAUCAGCUCCGAGAAAUCACAAGGGUCAUGAAAGAAGGCAAGUUCAUUGACACAUCUACUCCAGAGAAGGAAGCUGAGGAAGCCCCUUACAUGGAGGACUGGGAAGGUCCAUGAAUGCCAUCGCGUGGAACUUCCCUUCAGACCUGAUUUAAUCCCCUCCUAAAGAUCUCCCCUCAAAAUACCAUUGCAUGGGCAAGAUUCUGGUACUCAUGUCAGUGCUAGUGGGGGAUUGGUAAGAGGCAGUGUUUACAUCUCUGGGAUAACUGAAACAUUCUAUGGCUCUUCUGGAAAGUAAUUUGGCAGAAAUAGUCUUCUAUAUGACUUUGGCCGACUCUCCAUAUUUCUAGAUGUCUACCUUGAAGAAUUGGGGUAGGAGGUCUGUGUUUAUAUUCAGAGCUCUUCACUGUCACACAGCUUACAAUGGGGGACAAGUUGGAAGGAAUUUGUUUGAAUGUCUUAUAAGAAUAGUAAAUCAUGUCAGUUGUAUGACAUGGAAAAAUUCCCAUGACACACUUUAAAUGAAAAAGUACAGAACAACAGUACACAUCCAACAUGAUCUUUAUUAAAAAAGCAGAAAAAUACUAUCUAUAUUUGACUUUAAAAGCCAGUGAUAAAUGGUAAGAUUCUAGGUGAAUUGUGUUUUCUUUUUAAACUUGUCUGUAACUAAAAUUAGUAGGAAAAAUAUAGCUAAAUAAAGGCUAUGCUACUUUCCUCAAAAAUGCUGCAAGUCUGAAUAACUUUUAUAAUCAGAAAGGUCAAAAUGUCUCUAGAUACCACAUAUCAUACCAAAAGAUUGUCAUUUUUCAUAAUUGAUGGGCAAAAAGUGGUGUCUCUCAGAGCUGAAUAUAGGGUUAUCGUCACCAUGCAAAUGGAUUUUGAAUUCUCCAGCUUUCUACAUUGUGUAGUGAACACUGCCAUUGCCAGAACUAGCGUAUGAACUCCAGCGUGGCCCAUCUGCUGCUCAGGCUGGGCUUGGCUGACACAGAUUUAUUUUGUUUCAUUCCUUAUUUGGCAGCAUAGCCUCUUUCUCAUUAUCAUAGCUGAGGUUCAGUGCCAGUGCUACUCACUUCAUUACCUGUUUGUUGUUUUUUCCUUUUGUUCCAUUUUGUGAAAUGAAGAUGCCAACAAUGGGAAUUCUGUCUCUGAAAAUGCAGCUCUUGUCCUGUGGGGUCUUGGUCAUGUCUUGCUAACUUGCUCCUGCUUCUGGCACAGAGUAUUUUGGUUAUUUUGAUAAGUAGAAAGCACCAUGGUUUAUUUUCCAAAGGAUUUAGCAUUCCUUUUCCCAGCCCCACCCCCACCAGAAGAUUUGGAAACAGUUCCAAAUAGAAAGUGUAAACACUAGCCUUAAGCUAAGCCCUCUCCAUCUGGUAUUGGUGCAUUUUUUUUUUAUGCUGAAGGCUCAUGCUGUUUGCUUAAUCUUCAUCAGUGUUGCAGAAACAUGAGGGGUGAGACUUACCUCUACCCCCAAGCACCUUACUUAAGAAGGAUUUUCCUCUGCCUUGGUUUGUAUUUCAAAGAGCAUAGGGAUAGUCAGCCAGACUGCUAGGAAUUUGUUCAAGUGAAACUUUAGGACUAUUAGAACCAUCUUAGAGAUUUAUUGGAUGGAUUUGUUAGGAUAGGAUAGCUGCUGCCAGAGAAUCCUCUCUGAUCCUGACACUAUUUAUUUUCAAAGAUGCUCUUUGUAAGACUUUGUUCUACUUUCC